AGCUACAACACGUUUUGCUCUUGGUGCUUCCGAUAUUCCACCGUGGACAUACCUCACCGGGCUCUAGGAUAGAGAGAGCGGAAGCGCCGCCGCAUAUGCGAGAAUGGCGGCGUCCGUUCCCGCCCAUUACAAGCGACCGUCGCCGACGUCAGCGGUUCUUCACACAAUUGCGCGCGUGCCCAGCUCGGCACACGUCGGAACAAAGGCGGUCCCUGCCGUCGCUCUGACCCGAAGUCCGCCAUCUGAAGGGUCGUCAAGUAGACCUUCAGUUGAAGAGGGCGUGGAAGCAAAUGGAUUACAAAGUAGUCUGGAAGGGCAUAGGAACUUCGCGUCGCUGGCCUUCACACCUUCAGAUAGCCCGUCUCCACACGGCAGCAGCAAAGGAAAACAGUCGUUGCCAUCGGCGCUGCCAACCGUCACUGGGAACGCGGAAAAGGAUGGGUGCAUUCACGGCUGGCGGGUUAUGUACGAGCCGAGUCUCGACCCCGACAAAAAUAACAGAAUGCGGAAGGCGCGUGUCGUCCGCAAGGACGGAAAAGUGGCAUCUGGCGACGUUUCGGCAGUGCCGGCCGACCCGCGGGCUGAUAUUCCUAUGUACGCUGAGAUCGGGCGUGGGCGGAAACGGUUGACAUCUAAGCUCCACAGGGUGAGAUACCCUGCCCCGCCGGAGCCUCCUUCACAAGUGCAAGCAUCGCCGCCGCCACCACAGCCGCUUGACGAUGGCAUUCAGUUUGGCUUUGACGAGGACAUACCAGAUCCGAAGCCGGUACCGCUGCCGGCGCAGGCGCCCGUUCAGUUGUCAGUGACCGCAGCUCUCAUGCCCCAACCAAAUCCAAAGCCACGAAAGAUUCCCCCAACCAAAGCCCGCACCGUCUUCGUUUCCGGCCUCCCACCCAAAACAAAUAACGACGACCUGAACCGCUUCUUUCAGAAUUGCGGGCCGAUAGCAAACGCGUCCAUUGUACGUCUCCCAAACUCGAGCGUGCAUCUGGGGUUUGCGGCGGUUACCUUUGCUGGUAGCGAAGCAGAUGCGUGCUUGGCGGCGCAGAGGGCGAUACGGGAUCUUUCGGGCAAGCGGGUCGCGGCGCAUGUUAUUGAUGUGCGGCUUGAUGCCGAUGGUUCCGUGCAGAAAGAUGCCGUACACGGAGUCAUGAAUCCUGCCGCAGCAACGCCGAAAGCAUCGGUCCGUACAGUGCCGCAACUCACAUCUACGCGAUGUGGUUCAGGCUCAACGAAUGGCAUCCUUUCCGCAUCGCCAGAGCAUCACGCAUUUGAGCCAUCACCAUCACAGCCACCGCAUUCCUCAAAUCAUCAUCUGCACUCCCAUAAAUCACCUCCCCACCUCCCCCCACCCCCGCAAUAUGAAUGCACCCAACGGCCGGAUCCUCCUCCUCCCACAACAUAUGGCGCCCAUCGCACCUACGAGAGCAGUUUCCCACAUAGAACCGAGCCACUAUCACAUCCACCUCCGCCACCUAUGGAUAAACCCGUCCCAUGGCGAUUCCCAAAUCUCCAGCUCCCACCGGCGCAUAAAGGAGACACGGCAGCAGAUCACGCCGCAACAUACCCCCGCAAACCCUCGGCAGCCGGUCUACGCGAUUCAUACCGCCCACAUGAGACUUCGACCCGUGCUUACCGCCCGAAUGGGACAAACGGCACGACCCUUCACCCGCCAAACGCCGCGGCCAGACGACCGCAGGACGGGAGACGGCUAGGUGAUUCGGAAAGAGCUGUGAAUGGCGCAUCCCGAUCCAGUGACGCGGUGGUUGCACAACCAUUCCGCGCCCCCGUGGUUGUCCCGCCGCCGUCGAGCGGGUAUCGGAAAUCGUCUGAUGUAUCUACAUUCCGGAAUCCGAAUACGGAGUCUGCGUCUGCAGAUCCAGCGGCGAAUAUACCCAUACCGUCUACAUAUAUACCCACCACCGCCGAGACUCACAGUCGAAUUCAUAUUUCCGAUGCCAAGAAACCAAACGACCCACCGCCGCGGACUCACCCGCGGGAACCCCGCGAGAACAAACGGAGCAGGAAAGUGUCGUAUUCGUCUGUCUCGCGUUCGCGCUCUCGGAGUAGGAGCAGGAGCAGGAGUAGGAGCAGGAGCAGGAGCAGGAGCAGGAGCAGGAGUCGUAGCCGCGCCCGGCGUCGGGUGAGGAACCGCAGCACGAGCAGACGGAGACGGAACAGUCGGUGGAGUAGGCGGAGGAGGAGUCGAAGUCGGAGUUCUAGUAGGAGUCGGAGUCGAAGUCGAAGGAGGGAGGGGAGGAGGCAGAGGAGGGACGAGAGUCGGGGCCGGACGUUGGAGAUACGACGUGUGCCUUUGGCUCGUGAGGAGAGUAGUAAUAGUAGGUCAAGGGAGAGGAGCUGGGACGGAGGAAGUAGGAAAAACGUGUAUGAUGCGCCGCGAAAUAAAAGUAAUGGCAAGGAGGCACGAACGCGCGUCAGUCAUAGUCGUCGAAGCUUGCGUUCUUGCUCGACCUCGCGCCAUCGUGACAAAACCUCGGAUAGCCGCGCCAGCAGCCGAAGCGCGGUAAGGGUCGUCCGGCUAUCGCCGAGCCCGCCUCCUCCGACCAAGACGACGGUGCGAAACGCCUCGCGUGAGCGUGACACGGGUCUGGGAACGUCUUCACCCGCGGAGGCUGCGGAUGCUCAUGUACCGCACAACGAGGAUGACGCCGUAUCCGCCUUCAGCAUACCACCCAUAAGCCCUCCACGGCCGAAAACUCCCUCACCCAUAGCCACCUCCCCCACCCACUCCAUCCACUCCACCGCCAACACCCUAUCAACAAUGGCAACCCACCUCUGCACGGACGUCAUCGCCGAAAAAUGCCACGGCCUCCUCGACACCCUCUACAUGAUGCUCUCAGGGGGUGAAGCAUUCACCGAGGGGCCAGGCAAGCGGAGACGCGGGCCCCCCAAGAAGGUGCUUGACAAUGAAGAUGAGGAGGAGGUCGGGAGGAGGGUGGCGAAGAAACGGAGGGUUAGUAGAGUAAAUGAGAUCGGUGAAACGGUGGGAAAGGGCUACUGCAUGUGGCGCUCGGGGUGGAUGCGGCUGAUGGUGCUGGCACCGGAAGACGGAAGAGGGUAUCAAAACGCGUGACGCAGCCCAUUGCCGUACUCCCCGUAUUGCCGCCCCUUCCUGCCCCUAUCGACCUCGACAGCGAACCCGAAGACGACGAGAUGCGGAAACUCCUCCACGAACCGCUGACAUGGGACGCGUUUCGUGAAUACGACGAGGACCGGGAAUGUGAGAGUGACGCAAGCCUCGAUUUCUCGGUCC